GGAUUGGGUGGUUUUACGAGGCACACUUGAAGGCACCACGACAGCACCAGCGGCUGCGGACGGACAAGAUGCAGACUAUAAAGUGUGUUGUGGUGGGCGACGGCGCCGUGGGGAAAACCUGCCUGCUCAUCUCCUACACCACCAACAAGUUUCCCUCGGAGUACGUCCCCACGGUGUUUGAUAACUAUGCGGUGACGGUGAUGAUCGGUGGAGAGCCCUACACUCUGGGACUGUUUGACACUGCAGGUCAGGAGGAUUACGACAGACUGCGACCCCUCAGCUACCCUCAGACCGACGUCUUCCUCGUCUGUUUCUCCGUUGUAUCGCCUUCGUCCUUCGAAAACGUCCGGGAAAAGUGGGUGCCGGAGAUUUCGCACCACUGUCCCCACACCCCCUUCCUGCUGGUCGGGACGCAGGUCGACCUGAGAGACGACAGCAACACUGUGGAGAAACUGGCCAAGAACAAGCAGCGGCCCCUCAACCCCGAGAGCGGAGACAAGCUGGCCCGGGACCUGCGGGCCGUCAAAUACGUGGAGUGUUCAGCUCUCACACAGCGGGGUCUGAAGAACGUGUUUGACGAGGCCAUCCUGGCGGCCCUGGAGCCUCCGGAGACCAAACCCAAGAAGCGCUGCGUCCUGCUAUAGACGCCGAGGAAGAGGGAGGAGGACGAUCGAGGACGACGACGAGUGGACGUGGGACCGGACGACUGGAGACGGGAGGAGCGGGAGGGGAGUACAGAGGGGAGGAGGGGGGAGGGAGGAGGGGAGGGGACGGACGUGGACGUGGUAGACACUCGUUUUAACAGUGCCUUCAGCGGUAGCGACUAAAAAGAGGUGCGGUGUUGGGCUGGACGGUCUCUCGGCAGGCUAUAUUUUCAUCAUAGAUACGUGUCGCUCUAACACAUCUAACAAGUUUGAACAACACUCCUCGCUGAGCCGGGAAACAGAGGUUUCAUAAUGAGAGGAGGCAGGUCUGAGCCUCAAACGCCUUAAAGAUACAAACUGUGGAUGAAGUCGAAGGUUACAGCAAAACACUCCUGGCCUGGCAAACGCCUCAAAAUUCAGCAGGUCCCACGCGGACAGUCUGGAAACGAAAAGCUUUGGAGUUGCACGGUCUUUGAAAAAAAGUAUUUGGGUGAGAAAACUGUCAAACCAGAUGUGCGGUUGUAGAUCAUGUCGCUGCCACUUCACAUGAUUUAAUACUUUUUAGUGUUCAUUUGCAAUAACACAUAAAUGCCAUUCCUGAAAAUAAAUAAAUAAAUAAAUAAAAGACAAGAAAAAUUAACUGACUGUUGUAUGAAAUCCUUCACGUCGUGUACUUUCUGAAUCCAACAAUCCACAAAGCCAGUGUCACAUCUGUAUUAGGCUGCUAGUAUGUGUUUUGCUUAAUAUCUGGGGUUUCCACACAGGUCUGGAAAGUUUGGGAAGGCACAGAGAAAAGGUUUUGGGGAUUUCCAGGUUUGGAAAAUACAAAACAAAAUUGUUAUACUGUCUCAGUAUACAUAAAACUAUCUUUUCUGCUAUUUCAUAUAUUGUUUUAUUUGUCUCAGUGCAGAACAAUCUCCAUCUCCACGGUGAUAUGAAUUAAUUGUAGGAACAAGAUGACCAUCGGCAUUAACACUGAACACCAAAAUCAAGGAAAUCAAACUGUAUAUGAUCUCUGUCUCUUUCCAAAAAAAAAAAAAAAAAAAAAAAAACAUAAAAUCCAAUCAUGAAAAUGAUGUUUUGGAAAUGGAGGAGGUGGAGGAACAUCAGUGUCUCUUCUGUUUUUUUCUAUUCCUGUUUUGGCCAAAACAAAACAAAACAAAAAAAAUUAUGGCUCCACUGCAGGUUGCAUUGUUGAAAAAGACCAAAGACAGAGGAACCAGUGCAACCUUCAUGUUGCUCGUCAUGUGAUUAAAACAACAGAGGGAAUAAUGAGACCGCGAGCAGGGGAAGCACAAAAAUCCCCCAGAAUCCCUCAGUCAGAAGCGAUGCUGUGUUUACUGAAAGAGGAAGACCUCGAGACGUGACCCAGUUAGCUGGUUAGUCCGUCGGUGAGUAACGCUCCCUGCGGCGGCGGCGGGCUCCUGGAUUUUGAGAGUGUUGUUGCUGCGGGAAACCCGACAGUGACUGUAACCAAACUUCAUCCACAGCAGGAGGAAGAGACUCGCAUCGCAAAUUAGGUUUUCACUAGUGCUUUACUGACUGGAAAAAAAAAAAAAGAAAAGAAAUGAAAAACCUGCUUCUGCCACGCGGUCUGCACACACAUUAAAGACACACACACGCAUACUGUACAUAUCCAUUUGAACGGGUUGGUUAUGUCCACAUGCACAUGUGCAGAAAUCCAGUCAAGGUGCUUUACAUGUCGCUGUUAGUGGGUGAAAAUAAAGCAUCUUCUAAAAUGUCAACUCCUAAAGGAAAACUCCAACAGCCUUUUCCGACUUCCUCAGACUGAGACGCCAUUUUCACAUCUGUACGUUUUACAUUUACCCCAGCAGUUUGCCCAAAAUGUUGGAGUAUCCUCUUAAGGAAUAAGUGAAUAUUAUUUUUAGUCUCAUGAGAAGACAUUUUCAAAAAUAAUGUGCAGUAUAAUCUUUAAAAUAAAUU